AGUAUCUUCCCGGAAACCGGCUGGUAUCAGGCCCGUGAUACGGCGCGCGGCGCAGACAAGCAGCCAGUGGCGAGUUUCGGUCGUGACGUGUGUCGCCAGUUCCCGCCCAUCAUCCGCAGCCCUCAGUCUCUGCUGCACAGGGAGUCCGUAACCUGGACAAACAGCAGCCAGACUUCAGUUCACAUAUCCAUCCAUCAUCGCUAUGGGAAUUAUAGCGUUCUUCUUCCGAAACGAAGCUCUUAUCCCCUACUACUUGAAACCCGUGCACGGCGGGGCACAGACUAUAAAAAGGCGUCAGUGGACGGAAUUUGUACACUGAGGGAAUAAGCCAGCGAAGGGACAAUACCUCACAACAAUGUGGGUGUCCUGUUGAUGCGGAGAUGCUGAUGCUCCACCUAUGAAGCCGAAAAGUAACAGAUGUGGACCAGGGCAUAUUUAAACAAGAGUGAUUCCGCUGGGACGAUGCCUGGGAAGAUGUCUAUGUCUUGGUCGCUGAUAAUGCUGCUGUUCACUGCGGUCAGUGACGUCUUAACCCACACACUGACCCCCAGCCCGACCACAGAGAAGCCCUUGUCUCCUCGACACUACCACCACAUCGACCCCUCCACUGGAAACAAGCUGGUCUGCGACAAGUGUCCGGCGGGCACCUACGUGUCCUCCCACUGCACAGAGGCCAGCGUACGGGAAUGCAGCCCCUGCCCAGAUGGCACCUUCACCCGGGGCGAGAACGGUGUUCAGCAGUGCCACCGCUGCCAGAGACCCUGCCAAGCCCCAUUCGUCGAGAAAACUCCCUGUACAUCCACCAACGACCGGUUGUGCGUGUGCCCGCCAGGCAGCUUCUCCCAGGGUGGAAAGUGUCAGCGGUACUCAUUAUGUCCACCGGGAUGGGGCGUCCGAAAGCGAGGGAGUGAGACAGAGGAUGUGCGCUGCCGGGAAUGUCAGCGUGGCACCUUCUCCGACGUUGCAUCAGAUGCUCUGAGGUGCCGAUCUCACACAGAUUGCUCGUCUCUGGGCUUAACGUUGCUGAUCAAAGGCACAGAAAAGACAGAUAGUGUGUGUGGACCAACUCCAGCCAGUUCGGUCUAUGUCCUACUUGGAGAGGCCUACGUUUCCACGGUUUCCAGCACUGAGUCAGCAUAUAGAGCUAGUACUGCAGUCUUACCAGCUACAGAGGUUCAGGAUGUAGCCGGGUCAGUCCUCAGUAGCACAGACAUGGCCCUCAACGCUGAAGAAGACUUUCCCACAACCACAGCUUCCUCCAAGGCUAGUGAUGAGGAUGGCAGACCCUUAAUCGCUGCAACUCAGGACCUCCCUAAACUGCAAAACAAGUUUUCCUUAUCACAAGACUCCCAGCCUGCCAGUCAACAGGCAAUGGAGACUCUGUCUGAGGCCAAGGCCCAAGGUUUGGGCUACCGGCCCAUCCGCAGGGGUGCACCGAGGCCUAGCACGCACAAGCACUUUGACAUCAACGAGCACCUCCCUUGGAUGAUAGUCCUGCUUCUACUGCUGGUGCUGGUAGUGAUUGUGGUGUGCAGCGUAAAGCGCAGUUCGCGAGUGCUGAAGAAGGGUCCCAUACAGGAUCCCAGCAGCAUCAUGGAAAAAGCCAUCCACAAGAAGCCCAGCUCUCCAGCGCAGACCAAGGAGAGGUGGAUCUACUACUCAAAUGGACAGGGUGUUGACAUCUUGAAGCUGGUGGCAGCACAGAUUGGCAGUCAGUGGAUUGACAUAUAUCAGUCUUUGGCCAGUGCCACCGAGCGAGAGGUGGCCGCCUUUUCCAAUGGCUACUCGGCUGAUCAUGAGAGGGCAUACGCUGCUCUCCAGCACUGGACCAUACGAGACAGCGACGCCAACCUGGCAAAGCUGAUCAAUGCCCUUCACCGCCAACGCCGCAUUGACGUGGUGGACAAGAUACGAAGUGUCAUGGAAGACAAUCCUCAGGUUGACCUCAACAAACUAAUGACGGCUGUGAAUGUAAGCCAUUGUCUGAGCCCCAGCCAUAAGCCUUCGGAGUCGCCCGGUGUGGUGGUGGAGCAGUCCCCAAUGGAGCGCACCAGAGGAUUCUUCACCGACGAAUCAGAGCCGCUGCUGCGCUGUGACUCCACUUCCAGCAAGGACUCUGCCCUCAGCCGGACAGGCUCUUUCAUAACCAAAGAGAAAAAGGACACGGUGCUGCGGCAGGUACGUCUGGACCCCUGCGACCUGCAGCCCAUCUUUGACGAUAUGUUGCACAUUCUCAACCCCGAGGAGCUGCAUGUUAUUGAGGAGAUUCCGAUGGCGGAGGACAAGCUGGACCGCUUGUUUGAGAUAGCAGGGGUGAAGAGUCAAGAAGCAAGCCAGACGCUGCUCGACUCAGUCUACAGUCACUUGCCUGACCUUCUUUAGAUCUUUACAACAUCUCACUAUUGUCAGCUACAGAAACAAAGUGACGGACACACAGAUGUGCACUCACUCUGUUCCAUUGUGCCAUUCGGUGACAUGCGCGUAAUAUUAAAACCUCUUGAAUGCUCAGACAGGAGUUUUUCUGCAAUCGAAGCCGUUCCUUGCGCUAGAAUUCACAAAGUGUGGAUGAAGCGUUCUCUUGUUUGUGAGCUCUUGACCGGAUACAGCUGGUGUCAAUGCUAUAACCUCUCUAACAUGCAGCAUAUUCUUGCACACACCUCAGCAUGAUGUCUUACUCAAAGCUAUAUGAUGUAAUUUAUGAACCGAUUUUGUAAAUUGUUAAAUCAAGCAUUUAGUCCUUUGAUGUUAUGUUCAAAAUGUGUUUUUUUUAUUACUACUUACAGAUUAACGCAUCCUAAUCAGCAAAGUAUUUUUGUUCCCUUUGUUUGUCUUUUUUAUGUUUUCAAGUAUUACCACUGUAGCUUUUUUAGGCACUAAUUUAGUGUUCUAUGUGAUUUCAAGGGCAUUGAAAACCAUUCCAACUAGUUAUGAUACAAAUCAUGACUGUGGAUUAUGUGCAUUCACUAUACAACUCUCCAAAUAAGCUCCAUUCCCAUGUGCUUUUCCGAUAAAAGAGGACAAGAAGCAAGUAUGAUUGUGAAGUAAUUUCACACAGUCUAGAGUACCAGUCUAUUUCACAUUUAAAUGUAGCAUUUCAGUAUUGAUAUUGCAGAUGAUGAUAUGUAGUACAGAGAGAAUGUCUCUGUUAAAUCAAGUCACUCUGGUGCUAGACGUGAAACUAUGGGAUAGUGGUCAAUUUUAUCCCAAUGACAGGGUGUUUAUGGUCAUAUGACCACUGAACUUGAACUGAAAAAUAAAAAGUUGGCCAAGACGAAACAGAAAGCUGCAUCGACUCUUGGAUCUGAGGAAGAACGUCAGAUGAGUGGUUUGGAAACAAACAAGGACAGAAUCAUGGAGUGGAAUGCUCAUGUGUAUUCUAAUGGCUGUUUUAAAAUGUAACACAUGUAACCAAGACAUUUAUUAUUAUUGGUAAUUAUCAUGUAACCUGGGAAAUCAACAGAUUAAAGUUUUUUGUCAUAA